GAGGGCGUGGCGAACGAACGCGUGAGAGCGUCACAGAAGAAGAUCAAGCGAAGAAGCUCAAUGAUCGCGUAGCCCGACUCUCCUGUUACCACCGCCAUGGCUGUCCGGACACCGAUGAUCCUGCUCCUCGGCGUCUGCGCGGUGGUGGUUUGCCAAGGAGCGGCAGGCAGUGGGGAGCGCCCGUCGUUGGAUGUUUGGUACCUGGGCAGCCUGGACUCCGGCUUGCACGGCAUCCAAGGGAGGGUCUAUGCUGCCUCUGCGGACACGCUGCUGCUGCGGAGCUUCAGCUACGAUGGGCGAGCACCGAGCGCCCGCUUCAUCGCCGGCACAUGGGACAAGCCUGACGGGAACGGGAUCCUUGUGAGGGAUGAAAAGGGCAGCGAUAAAGCACUCAAGGCCUACAGAAACCAGACGAUCGUGCUGAAGUUGCCAGCUGGCAACUCGAUCACGGACUUCAAGUGGUUCAGCGUGUACGACAGGAAAGCCAAGAGGAGCUUUGCGCACGUGUACAUUCCCGCCCACCUGAAUCUUCCGAGGCCGGCGGUGGCGGCAGCCCACCUGGUUGGCGACCACACCAAUGCGACUGCCGUCGUCAUCGAGGACCAGAAGACGCUCCUGUUGAAGAACUUCUACUAUGACGGCUCGGCACCAGGUACGUACUUCCUAGUCGGAAAGGGCAACAAGCCGGGACCCAAAGGAAUCAAGCUUCUGGACGAAAAAGGAAGGACCCACGUGCUGGGAAAGUACGCGGGCGCAAAUCUGCGCUUCACGCUUCCCGGCAACCUGACCGUGGACGACGUCGAUUGGUUCGCGGUCUACUGCACCGGCUGCUCCAAGUCCCUGGUGCAGGGCUCCAUUCCGAAGCGCCUGAACGUGCCCCACAACACGAGGUGGAUCAAGAGGGUGUCGAGACUGGGCCUGCUGAAGAUGCACGAGGCGCGUCAGGACACGCAGCAGUUCCCCAACUGCGAGACCAUCGUGCCGGACGUAAUUCAAGUCAGGUGGAAAGUGGAGCAGGACGACAUCACCUUUAACGUGCGCGCCGUAGCCGAUAACCACAUGUGGACGGCAUUCGGUAUCAGCGGCGCGGCCGACAAGAGCCAGAUGGUGGGCGCGGACGUCGCUGUGAUUCUCAUCGCUGGCACCAACUACGACGUCUCGGUCAAGGACUUUAUGAUAACGGCCAAGGCACAGUGCUCCGGCUCCGACGGCGUCUGCCCCGACACCGAGCAGGGCGGCAAGGACGACCUGACGCUCAAGUCGAAGACUUACGCCAAUGGCAUCGUCGACGUGGUCUACUCUCGCAAGCUCGACACCGGGGAUGACAAGGACAAAGCCAUAGCGUCUACGGGAGAGGUGGCCGUGGUUGCUGCGCAAGGUCCUGUCAACAUGCAACAGCCGGAAACUGUGCUGUACCACACCAUGAUAGUCACCAGGCAGAACGUCCUCCUGGAGUUCGACCGCGGCCCCAGAAGUAACUGUGCCCCGCUACCGACCUCGCGGAAGGCACCCCCUGGCGCGGCCAAGACGUAUGUAGGGGGCCGCGACAUCUUCAAAGCAGAAGGCGUUACGAAGUUCACCGCCACCAUUGGACCCACGGGGUCGAAUGAGCACGGCUAUGAGGCAAUCACAGGCAUGUCUGGCUGGGGCAUCUCGUGGUGGAUCAACGGGGAGCUCAUACCUGUACUGCACGUGGAGAGGGGUCAGACCUACACUUUCGUCGUGGAAGGCGGCAACAACAAAACUUCAAGCGCCAAGUACCACCCUUUCUACAUCACCGACAGCCCGACGGGUGGUGGCUCCAAGGUGGACCCCGCCAAGCUUGGAAAGCCGGGGAAUACCUUGCUGGCUGGAGUUGUUCUCGACGCUCAGGGCAACGUUGACGAGUCGAAAGGCAUAGGACGUUUCUGCCAAUAUGAGGAGACGCCCAAAAGCAACUCUGCCAAGACUGUUGAAGAGUACAAAAACAGUGUGGACAAGAAGUGUGAUCCCGGCGACGCGGGCACGUUCACCUGGACGCCCGACGACAGUACGCCCGACUUGGUCUAUUACCAGUGCUACACUCACAACUACCUCGGCUGGAAGAUUGUGGUGACCGACAAGGGCGCGAACGACCCUCCGAUGGGUGCGGUGAGCGCCGCAACGCCCCCGGCUGCAAAGCCCCCGGCUAGAAAGCCCCCACCUCACAAGAAACCCCCACCUCACAAGAAACCCCCACCUCACAAGAAACCACCAGCUGACAAGAAACCUCCGCCUGCCAAGGAAGAGCACGAGGAAGGCUCUGGUAGCGGAAGCUCUGGCGCAUCUGGCCAGGCCGUUCGACCAGCACUGCCGCCGUUCGUGAUUGGCUGCGCAGCCGUCCUCGUGACGCUUCUCAUCAGACGGAACGCAAGGGACCGCCAUCUCUGACGCUCGCUGCAGUAAAGAAUUGAGCCACA